AUGCUCCGGCUCCGAAGAUAUCGCAUCUUUCUCAUCUUCAGCAUCAUCUUUAUUCUCGCUCUCUUCCAUUUCCUCCGGUCACGCGACUGGUCUCCGCCCCCCGAGCGCGCCCCUCCGGUGAACGUAGCUGCACCGCCUGACAGCAAGGAAGAUCCCUUUCUAUCCCAUGGUUUCGCUCCCGAAAGUCCCGUUGGAAAACCCAAAGCGGAGGAGGAGCCUUCAGGUGCAAAGGACCGGGUCGACCAUGUGGAAAAGCCUGAUCUGGGCCUCGACUCUGCUCCGAUGAUGACACCGUCCAAGACAACGCCGACACCCGCCGAUUCGAAGCCGGAAAAGCCCAGCCAGAAACCGUCACUGGGACAGUCUUCGGGCACGUUUGACGAAGAGUUUGGGAUCGAAGGGCAAGGACGAUUGGAGGUGUUCCUCCCUGACGCAGGCAGGCCGGCGCCUCACUGGACGAAGCUCCCUGAGCAUUUUCCUGUGCCCACGGGAGAUCUCAUUAGACUUCCCACCGGCCAGCCCAAAGCGCUUCCGAAGCUCCAGGCCAAUUUCAAAGAUGAAUCCUCGACAGAGAAAAUCCAGCGCACACAGAAACUGUCGACCAUCAAAGAAUCGUUCGUGCAUGCCUGGAACGGGUAUAAGCAGUCUGCGAUGGGCCAUGAUGAGGUUCGGCCGGUUACAGGAGGAUAUCGCGAUCCAUUUGCCGGUUGGGGUGCAACCCUCGUCGAUGCCUUGGACACGCUGUGGAUUAUGGACCUGAAGGACGAGUUCUCGGCUGCAGUGGAUGAGGUCAAGAAGAUCGACUUCACCACCUCCUUCAGAAAGGAUAUCCCCCUCUUUGAAACGGUCAUCCGGUACCUUGGUGGUCUCCUCGGUGCAUAUGACAUUUCGGGGCACAAAUAUCGGGAGCUCUUGGACAAAGCUGUCGAAUUGGCCGAGAUCUUAAUCGGCGCGUUUGACACGCCGAAUCGGAUGCCAGUCACAUACUAUAACUGGGCCCCGGACUAUGUGUCUCAGCCCCAUCGCGCCGGAACUAGGGUUGUUUUAGCGGAGUUGGGAUCCCUGUCGGUCGAAUUUACGCGAUUGGCCCAGUUGACAAAAGAAGACAAAUAUUACGAUGCGAUAGCUCGCAUCACCAAUGAGCUCGAAAAAAUGCAGAAUAACACGAGACUCCCUGGAAUGUGGCCGCUUCAGCUUGACGCCUCCGGGUGUAAGAAGAAGGGACGUCCAGUUAACCGAUUGCCCCCUCUAAAGAAGGAAAGGGAGAAGGAAGCCGUGCCUGGUGUCCCAACGCCUCAUGUGCCACAUCACCCGCCAACGGAUAUCAAUAGUUACAAAUCCUACCUGAAGCGAGACGAACUGAGUGGCCUCGCGAUAGAUGCGCAGCCCGCGAACUAUGGGGAGGCGACCCAGCCGACUCCGGCGCCCACACCUCCCUUGGAAGCUAUCUGCGAGGAACAGGGCUUGGCCUCACCUCCCUAUUCGACCAUGGACAGAUUUGGGCUGGGCGGACAGUCCGACUCGACCUAUGAAUAUCUUCCAAAGGAAUACAUGCUCCUGGGAGGUCUCAAUGACCAAUAUCGCACAUUAUAUGAAACGGCCAUGGAUACGGUGCGCAAGUAUCUCCUCUUCCGGCCCAUGAUUAAAGAGGACCGUGACGUUCGGUUCGCAGCGACGGUCGCCGUGUCCGAUCCAGACCCCGAAGAGGGGGGUGAGCGGUCUCUAGACUAUCAGUACGAAGGAACCCACCUUACCUGCUUUGCAGGAGGCAUGUUCGCCGUCGGAGCUAAGCUCUUCGGACUGGAUGGCGACAUGGAUAUUGCAGCCAAACUUACCGAGGGCUGCGUCUGGGCCUAUGAGUCCACGAAGACGGGAAUCAUGCCGGAACAUUUUGAAGUUUUGCCUUGUGAGGACGUUAAUUCCUGUGAAUGGAAUGAGACGCGGUACAGGGAUGCAUUGGACCCUUAUGCGGGCUCGAGGAUCCAGCAGACGGAAGCGUUGUAUCAGCGUCAGGGUCAGCUCGCGCAAGGGAACAAGGAACUGAAGGCCAGUAACAAGUCCGUGCCCUCGACACUUCCUUCUCUUUCGAAGCGUGAUAUUCCUCCCGCCGGACAGCUUCACGAACAUAACGACCAGACACCGACAAAGACCACUCCGAAACCGGAGGACCGGGGCUCUAUUAAAUCAAUUCCAAGCCCAAGUUCUAUCCCACUUCAUCCUAAACCCCUGGCCCUCUCCCAUGACGAGUAUGUCGACUCUCGAAUCAAGGAAGAACGGCUUCCUCCCGGGUUCACCAAAAUCUCGUCUCGGAAAUACAUCCUUCGCCCCGAGGCCAUCGAAUCGGUCUUUAUCAUGUUCCGGCUCACGGGCGACAAUUACUGGCGGGAGAAGGGAUGGGAGAUGUUCGAGGCGAUUUCCAAAGCCACUCGAACAGAACUGGCGAACUCUGCCAUCCUGGACGUCACCAGCGCUACUCCCUUGUUUUCCAAUGAGAUGGAGUCAUUUUGGCUUGCAGAGACGCUCAAAUACUUCUACCUCUUGUUUAGCGACCCCAGUGUGGUUAGCUUGGACGAAUAUGUAUUAAACACCGAGGCCCAUCCACUAAAACGCCCCAGCUCAUAG